UAACAAAACAAUAACAAAACCCAAAUUUAAUCUUUGCACGAACCAAAAAAAGGAAUAAAUUUUGUUUAUCUUUAUAAAAAUAUUGCCAAAAAGUAUACAUAAUCAAAUGGAAGUUAAACAAGAACUUAGUGAAAAUACGUGUAAAAUAGAAAUAGAUAAUAAUGAGGUGAAUGAUGCUCUUCUGGAUACCUUUAAAACUGAGAUUAAAGAGGAGCCCCAAACUGAAAUUACACAGGAUUCAUUUGAUGACUUGCAGGAAUAUCCUUUAAAGACAGAAAUAAAAUACGAUGAAGAUAAACUCUGUCUGCUCCAAGUAAAACAAACAAAUGAAGCUAUGGAAAUACAAACUGAAAUUAAGGACAAGGUAGUUGAGGGUGACCAACAAUAUACAGAGCAUCAGCUAUCCACGUCUUUAAAUCUGGAAAACUUGAAGAAUGAAGCGGGGGAAGCCUCAGGCUGUCUCGGAGAGGAGAAGAACACAUUGGAAGUUAUGGAAACUAUAGCUUUACAUACAUGUAACAAAACAUGUGGUAGUCGACCUGAUGAAGAAAUAAAAUGUGAAAUUUGUUUUAAGCAGUUUGCUCAUAAAACUUAUUUACACAAACAUAUGGAAACACACACUAGAAAAAAAUUUACUCAGGAUAGUGAUUUGAAAAGACAUUUAAGGGUACACACUGGAGAAAAGCCUUACAAGUGUGAAAUUUGUUCUAAGCAAUUUCGUCAAGAUGGAGAUUUGAAAGGACAUUUAAGGAUACACACUGGAGGAAAGCCUUACAAGUGUGAUAUUUGUUUAAAACUGUUUUCUUAUAAGAAUUCUUUGGAUAGACAUAAAACAGGUCACACUGGUGAAAAACCUUACAAGUGUGAAAUUUGUUCUAAGCAAUUUACUAGAAAUGGAGUUUUGAAAAGACAUUUAAGGAUACACACUGGAGGAAAGCCUUACAAGUGUGAUAUUUGUUUAAAACUGUUUUCUUAUAAGACUUCUUUGGAUAGACAUAAAACAGGUCACACUGGUGAAAAACCUUACAAGUGUGAAAUUUGUUCUAAGCAAUUUACUAGAGAUGGAGUUUUGAAAAGACAUUUAAGGAUACACACUGGAGAAAAGCCUUAUAAGUGUAAAAUUUGUUUCAAGCAGUUCAGUGAAUCAAAUCAUUUGAAAAACCAUUUGAGGGUGCAUACUGGAGAAAAGCCUUACAAGUGUGAAAUUUGUUCUAAGCAAUUUACUCAAGAAGGAAAUUUGAAAGGACAUUUAAGGAUACACACUGGAGGAAAGCCUUACAAGUGUGGUAUUUGUUUAAAACUGUUUUCUUAUAAGAGUUAUUUGGAUAGACAUAAAACAGGUCACACUGGUGAAAAACCUUACAAGUGUGAAAUUUGUUCUAAGCAAUUUACUAGAGAUGGAGUUUUGAAAAGACAUUUAAGGAUACACACUGGAGAAAAACCUUACAAGUGUGAAAUUUGUUCUAAGCAAUUUACUCAAGAAGGAAAUUUGAAAGGACAUUUAAGGAUACACACUGGAGAAAAGCCUUACAAGUGUGAUAUUUGUUUAAAACUGUUUUCUUAUAAGACUUCUUUGGAUAUACAUAAAACAGGUCACACUGGUGAAAAACCUUACAAGUGUGAAAUUUGUUCUAAGCAAUUUACUCAAGAAGGAAAUUUGAAAGGACAUUUAAGGAUACACACUGGAGAAAAGCCUUACAAGUGUGAUAUUUGUUUAAAACAGUUUUCUCAUAAGAGUUCUUUGGAUAUGCAUAAAACAGGUCACACUGGUGAAAAACCUUACAAGUGUGAAAUUUGUUUUAAGCAAUUUAGUCUUACUGGACAUUUGAAAGAGCAUUUGAGAUUGCAUACUGGUGAAAAACCUUACAAGUGUGAAAUUUGUUCUAAGCAGUUUCCAUCAACAAGUCGCUUGAAAAAGCAUUUGAGAGUGCACACUGGAGAAAAACCUUACAAGUGUGAAAUUUGUUCUAAUCAAUUUAGUCAAAAACAACAUUUGAAACGUCAUUACAAGAUACAUUCUGGAGUGCUUUGAAAACACAUUUGAGAGUGCACACUGGGGAGAAACCUUAAGUGUGAGAUUUGUUUCAAGCAAUAUAGUCGAGCAACUGGUUUGAAAUUACAUUUGAUUGUGUACACUGGAGAAAAGCCUUACAAGUGUGAAAUUUGUUUGAAGCAGUUUACUGCAACAAGUCAUUUGAAAAUACAUACUGGAGAAAAGCCAUUUAAGUGUGAAAUUUGUUCUAAUCUAUUUAGUCAAGCAAGUCAGUUGAAAUCACAUUUGCGAGUGCACGCUAAAGAGAGAUCGUAAGUGGGAAAUUUAUUUUAACCUUCCGUCGCACCAAUGGCGUGCUGCCCAUAUAAACGAAUCCGUACAAUCACCGAGAGGCUGCGAGCUCUUGACAAUAAGUUUUUUAAAUUGAAAAAUACUGUAUAACUUGUACACACUUCUAAGUAGGUCAAACCGGCAAACAGGUGUAUGUUCUAAAAAAAAAUUGAUAGUGUGUAAUUUUUUUUAUUAGUUAGCUAAGUACUUUCAGCAUAUUACGUGCCAUCAUCAGAGCUUCGUAAAAGAACAUUUAAGUUAAGAGAUUUUUUAUAAAAAUACAAGAUUGAAAAAACUUACGUCCUAUAGGUAUAAAUCCUUCAUAGAAUAGCAAUUGCCAAACAACACAUUAAAAUGCAUAAAUACUGGGCCAAGCCACAGAUGUCGGGUAUAAAAACCCCUUAAAAUUAAUAAAAUCACAUCUAAAUUAUUUAUAUUUUACAGAGACAACAUGGCUGCGUCAAACCAUUGUGAGUUCAAGUGAGCAGCUGUGGAUUGUCAUUCAUUAAAAUGAUAAAGAAAGCGUUCAAACGGAACCACUGUUCUAUGCGACCUCAAUCAAAUGUGAUUCAAUUCAGUAUACUUGCAUAGCCUCUUUGAUAAAGGGUAGAGACCCAGAAACACGGUGUCAGAGGAUGGCAAGAGACUCGAAUUGAAUCAAAACGAAAACGAUUAUUUUCUUUUCUUUUUCAUACCUUACUCGGUUUAGAGUACAAAAUGACCACGUUUCGUUAAGGUAUUCUGAGACGCAUUGAUGGAGUGCUCCUCCUAGCGGCGCCGCUUGGUACUAUCGUAUCUCGGUUAACAGAAUUCCUGACUCGUGGUCGAAAUUUAUUUUUAUUCAUUUCGUCAUUCCCCGUUAGAGGACAGUCUAACCGAUAUGCUACAGAUAUUUUAAUAUGCUACAGAUAUUUUAAUAUAUGCAGUUCUUCUUCGUUUCGAGAUUAUUCAAUUCAGUCUACUUGCAUAGCCUCUUUGAUAAAGGGUAUAGACAAAGAAACACGGUGUCAGAGGAUGGCAAGAGACUCGAAUUGAAUCAAAACGAAAACGAUUAUUUUCUUUUCUUUUUCAUACCUUACUCGGUUUAGAGUACAAAAUGACCACGUUUCGUUAAAGUAUUCUGAGACGCAUUGAUGGAGUGCUCCUCCUAGCGGCGCCACUUGGUACUAUCGUAUCUUGGUUAACAGAAUUCCUGACUCGUGGUCGAAAUUUAUUUUUAUUCAUUUCAAAUAUUUUACUUAUACAGGGUGAUUGAUUAGUUGGGUAAAGCUCAAUAUAUCCGCUAUAGUAAUAGAUAGCAAUAAAAGUUAAUAACAAAAAUUUUAGCCACCUUUGAGCUUCACAUUACAAAAUUAGUUUAGAAUGUUACAGGGUGUUCAGUGGCAGACCAAACUUAUGUUUUUUAAAUGGAAUACCCUGUAUUUUAUUUUAAAUUCGAAAUCCUUCACAAACUUUUCCAUUAACCCAUCAAACCGUUAACUUCUCCAUCACAAAAAUAUAAAGGUUUGUUAUGUUAUACAGGGUAUUUACAAAGUUAUAACCAAUUUUAUGUGUAAAUCGUAUUGUACCCUCGGAGAUCCGUGGAAAAAAUUUACACCCAAAAUAACAAAAUUCAGUUUGGCAACACUGUGUGAAUGUUGAUAGUUGUAAUUUAGUCCAAACAAAUUAAUAUAUUUUUUUUUGCCAACAAAAAAUUCAACCAAAUAAUGUUUCAAAUAUGAUGUGCAAAAUAAUUUUUAAUUGGGUUCUGCUAAUAGGCUUGCUCUUUUUGUCAUUAAAGUAAAAAAAAACUUCAAAUUUCACUCAUUAAAUCAUUAUUGUCCGGUUAUCGUCUUAAUUAUUUUAACUGUACUAAUAUCCGUCGAGAAAUUCUGAAUGAUUAAUAGGUUGUUAAAACAUUUUAUCUGUAGCGGCUUCUGGAAUAUCUUAAAAAUAUCGAAUUUCAUUGAUAAAAUGCACAUAUUCCACCGAUCUUCGCUUCGACCAUAACAAGUUCAACUCCCUGUAUAAAUAAAAAUAAGCAAAAUAGCAAUGGUUUAUUAAUGCCAUAUUUUUUACGUAUUGUCAAAAUUUUCAAGAAUGAUUGAUAUUGCUAAUUUUCUUUAUAUCAAAUACAGGGUGAGUCAAAACGCAAGUACAUUAUUUUCUCAGUAAUUUUAAAUGGAUCACCCUGUAUUUUAUAUCACUACUGAAAAGUACCAUUACCGUACUUUAAUUUUUAGAUAACAUUCCCUAUGUCUAAAUUUAUUAGUUUUCGAGAUACAGUACAACCUGCCAUAUCCGGACGGUUCUGCGCCGUCCGAAAUCUACCGAUAAAGGCAAUCCUGCUGUUAAACAACGCACUAAAAGAAUAACUAAAAGAUGGCGAAAUAAUAUAUUAAAGAAUCUAUAAAACGUGUCUAUCGACGAAAGUUAUCGACGGCGUUGAUUACUGGAAUGUAUGAAGGAGAAAACGUUUCAGGGACUGUAAAAGAAGUAGUGGUCUUGAUAUCCGGAUUUUUUCAUAUUCGGAUCGGUCUGUCGCCACAUUGAUCCGGAUAUGGCAGGUUUUACUGUAUUUUCAUUUUUCAAUGGACCAGUAGCGUGGCCACCCAAAUCACCAGAAUUUAAUAAACUGGACUGAUUUUUUUGGGGUUACGUUAAUAAUGAAAUUUAUAAAAUACCUCCAACAACAAGGGAUGAGAUGAAAAAUGGAAUACAAAGAGUAUUUCGAUGUAUUAAUUUACAAAUACUUCGUAGGGUAAGUAGCUCAUUCAAUGAUCGUUUUUAGGCGUGCAUAAAUGUGUUAGGAGGUGAUUUUGAACCCUAUGUAAUUAAAUAGAUAUUAAAAAUAUUUUAUUAAAAGUAGCUUCUAAUUUUUUCAAACAUGUUGUUUUGCAAAAUGUUUUACUGAUAAAUUAUUUUUCGUUCUUUAUUUGUUACAUUGUUACAUUUACAUACAAACGUAGUGUUUAAUUGUCUUCACAAAAUGUUGUAUUUGUGUAUUUUUUUGUAAAUUUAUUAUUAAUUUUCUUUCUUUAUUUGUUACAUUUACAUAAAAAAGUAGUUUUUAAUUGUUUCAAAAAUGUUGCAUGUUGUGGUUGUUUUUUUUUUGUAAAAUGUAUUACUAAUGAAUUAUUUUUAUUUCUUUAUUUGCUACAUUGUUACAUUGAUUACCGAAUUGAUAAUCAGUAAUCGUCAAUUGUCAAUUCAGUCAUGGCUCACUUAAAAUUUAGAUACAUUUAGACACCUAAAAUAGUUUGCUCUGAAAAAUGAAAAUAUCUCGAAAACUAAUAAAUUUGGACAUAGGGAAUGUUAUAUAAAAAUUAAAGUACGGUAAUGUUACUUUUCAAUAAUGAUAUAAAAUACAGGGUAUUCCAUUUAACAUUACUAAGAAAAUAAUGUACUUGCGUUUUGACUCACCCUGUAUUUGAUAGGUAUAAAGAAAAUUAGCAAUGUCAAUAAUUCUUGAAAACUUUGACAAUCAAUAAAUAAAUAUGGCAUUAAUAAACCAUUGCUGUUGUGUUUAUUUUUAUACAGGGAGUUGUACUUGUUACGAUUUUCAUACAAAAUUGGUUAUAACUUUGUAAAUUCUCUAUACAACAUAACUAGAGACUGGAAAAUAUGCACUAAAAAAUGUCUAAAAUAUGCAUGCAAUAUGCAUUUUAAAACAAGCUGAAUAUGCACAAUUAACAUGCAAAUAUGCAUUUAUAUAUGCACUUAUUUUUAUAUGAAUAAUUUUAUGGUUUACG